AUGAAGAUCGGCUGUCUCCAGUACGCGCCGGAGGUGGGCCAGCUGCACACCAACAUGGCCAAAGCCAACGUGCUCAUCGACGACGCCAUCGGGGACGGCCGGACGGCGGGGCUGGACUGGCUGCUGCUGCCGGAGCUGGCGCUGACGGGCUACAACUUCGCCUCGCUCGAGGCCAUCGCGCCCUUCCUCGAGCCGACGGCGGCCGGCGCCUCGACCAAGUGGGCCGUCGACGUCGCGACCCGCCUGCGCUGCCACGUUACCGUGGGCUACCCGGAGCAGGCCGCCGACGGCCGCCGCUACAAUUCCACCGUCACCGUCUCGCCCGCCGGCGCCGUGCUGGCCAACUACCGCAAGACCUUCCUCUACUACACCGACGAGACGUGGGCGCACGAGGGCGAUCGCCAGUUCUUCUCCGGGAACCUGGGCACGCUGGGCCGGGUGUCAAUGGGCAUAUGCAUGGACAUCAACCCCCAAAAGUUCCUCGCGCCGUGGGACGCGUACGAGUUCGCCCGCGCCGCGCUGCAGGCCGACUCGCCCAUCAUCGCCCUCAACAUGGCCUGGCUGACGCGCCAGACGGCCGACGAGGUGGCCGCACAGCGCGCCGACCCGGACGGCGAGACGCUCGCCUACUGGCUCGAGCGCUUCUUCCCGCUCAUCGACGCCGCCAGCCGCCGCCCGCCCAUCAUCCUCGUCAUGGCCAACCGCUGCGGCGUCGAGGGCGGCGCCGUCUACGCCGGCACCAGCACCGUCAUGAAGGUCGAGCGCGGCGAGGUCCCCGUCCGCAUCUUCGACAUCCUCGGCCAGGGCGAGGAGAACCUGCUGGUCGCCGACUUGAACGAGGCGCCAAAAUGGUCCGUGACUACUCGCUCAGAGCGACCACCGAAUUCGUGA